UAUUUCUGACUUGGAAGCCGACGAAGGAUCAUGAUGAUGUCCCGCCUGACCGCUACCCCGCGCCGCGUCGUGAUGCAGACCCGCGGCUUCCGCAAGGGCAACCCCAUCAAGUUCACCGAGAACCACCAGAACCAUGGCGUCUCGGCGGUCGUCUAUGCUGACAACUCGACGGCCAUGAUCAAGGCUGGCAAGGUCGCUGGCGCGGGUAUCCUUGCCUUGAUCCCUUUUGCCUUGGCUCUCAGCCCGUCGGCGCUCAACACGCCGGUCGACUAUGCGCUCGGCGUCUUGAUCCCGAUCCAUGCGCACGUCAGCAUGAACGCGGUCCUCUCGGACUACAUCCCCAAGGUGCACCAGCUCCCGUUCCGCCUCUCGGCGCUCGCGGGCUCGGCGGCCUUCUUCCUCGGCCUCAUGGUCGUCAACGUCAACGGCGUCGGCAUCACGGAGUCGGUCAAGACCAUCUGGCGCGAAGCCCCGAAGAAGGAGUCGCACUAAGCAGGACCCUUGACACCUAUUAAAUGUAGAACGAGUGCCAAUGCCUUUUCUACGUGCAUUAAUCUGCUUCCUCGUCCA